AUGGAUGACACAAUAGUAACUCCAACACCUGAAAAUAUUGUUAAUCACGAUGAACUUAUCCUUCAACAGCAAUGGAACAUUGAGAAAGAGAUGUCGAAAUUAAUACUUCAUAUUGGCGAAGAAAAAUCACUGAAAGUUCUUGAACGCGAGUAUCCAGAAGAGCAAGUGUAUUGUUUAAAGGAUUCGCGAUGGUUUAUACUAUGCGGGUUAAUCUGUCGGUUGCCAUUGUGUCGAUGUUUAAUUAGACGGCCUACUCUGAUAAUAAUGACGUCAAUGAUACAUUUGUGCUCUCAUUUUGGAUUUUGGAAGCUUACCAGUCAAAAUCCUCCGGAGCUGCUGAUCGCCAGGAACGAGCAAGCGAUCAGCGACCGCAAGCGUUUGGCCAAGUCCUACCAGGUCCAGGACCAGCAACACCUGGACCAGAGCAGCGCCAACUUCCCCGCUGAAGAGUCUAGCUCUAACAGCUACGGAGACUCUUCCAGAACUGUCACUUCGUCUAUGUUCUCACGUAAGUACGUUCAGCCCUCCGAGAUUCUAUCAGACUUUUUUUUUGCAGACGAUGAGGCUCCUGGGAGUCAGGAACCAAACCUCAAUCUCGAGAACCGCAAGUUUGUAGUGAAGAACGAACAGGAUCUGGACCAUAUACUGAUUGACAAGGACCAAGGUUUAGAUCUGGUUAUCUAUGUUCAUUAA